ACGGUGACCGGCAAGAUCGAGAGACCCUGGUGACGGCAGCCGAUCGGGGAGGGCGGGGUUCUGGAAGCUUCCACCGGAUUCUCAAUUCAUCCAUCACCCGACGGAAUCCUGAGCUCCACCGCAACAGGUACGAGCCCGACACAAUAUUUUACUACACAAAAUCACCACCACCACCACCACCACCACCAUAGCAGAAGUGUGUACUGUGUACAGAUUUCGACUGAAUUCAAAGCUACGACCUUUUCCUUUCUUUCUUUCUUUCCUUUUUUUGUUUGUCUUUGGUCUCUUCGUUCUGCGGAGGCUUAGCUCGGUGCAGAUUCAAGGGGAUUGGUGUUGGUGCGGGUGUUGGUGGGUUGGAGAAAUGGGGUUAGAUUACUACAAGAUGUUGGGGGUGGAUAGGAGCUCCACAGACGACGACUUGAAGAAGGCCUACAGGAAGCUGGCCAUGAAGUGGCACCCCGACAAGAACCCCAGCAACAAGAAAGAAGCCGAGGCCAAGUUCAAGCAGAUCUCCGAGGCUUACGAGGUCCUCAGUGACCCCCAGAAGAGAGCGGUGUAUGAUCAGUAUGGCGAGGAGGGUCUGAAGGGUCAAGUGCCGCCGCCUGAUGCCGGUGGCCCUGGCGGUGCUACCUACUUCUCGACAGGAGAUGGGCCAACGGCGUUCCGGUUCAACCCCCGAAAUGCAGACGAUAUCUUUGCUGAGUUUUUCGGGUUCUCGAGCACCCCCUACGGCGGCACGGGAGGGAUGGGUGGCGGCAGCGGUGGUGGAAUGAGAGGGUCAAGGUUCUCGAGCAGUAUAUUUGGGGAUGAUUUCUUUGGCUCCUAUGGAGAAGGAGGAGGUGGAGGAGGGUCAAUGUACCAAGCAGCUCCCAGGAAAGCUCCUCCUAUUGAGAACAGGUUGCCCUGUAGUCUAGAGGAUCUUUACAAAGGGACUACCAAGAAAAUGAAGAUCUCCCGGGAGAUUGCUGACAUGAGCGGAAGAACUAUGCCGGUAGAGGAGAUAUUAACCAUUGACAUAAAGCCAGGUUGGAAGAAGGGAACCAAAAUUACCUUCCCUGAGAAAGGCAAUGAGCAGCCAAACGUCAUACCGGCUGAUCUCGUCUUCAUAAUUGACGAGAAGCCUCACAGUGUGUUCACUCGCGAUGGAAAUGACUUGAUCGUCACAAAAACCAUAUCCCUGGCCGAGGCCUUAACAGGUCUCACGGUCCAUCUCACAACGUUAGAUGGCAGGAGUUUGACCAUCCCUAUCAGCAAUGUGAUCCAUCCAAACUAUGAGGAGGUAGUUCCGAGGGAGGGGAUGCCUCUCCAGAAGGACCCGAUAAAGAAGGGUAACUUGAGGAUCAAGUUCAACAUCAAGUUCCCAACGAGGCUGACAUCAGAGCAGAAGGCUGGAAUCAAGAAACUUUUGGUUGCUUGAGAAGAUGCAAAUGGAGUCCCGACGAGCUAAUGUGAAUAUUUGGUCCAGUUGCUUGGUUUUGCAAGGUCAGAGAAAUUGCAUGGGAUCUUUCUGGCAGCAAUUUGGGGUUUAGUUUAUUGUUAUACUUAAAUUACGGUCCUAAUUGAGAGUUACAGGCAGGUUCUUUAAACAAAGUGAUAGUUUUGGUUGUCUUAGAGGCGAUAUCUGCAGAUUCAAGCAGAUUAGCACCCCGUCGGUUGAUGCUGUUACCUGUAUGUAUGUAACAAUGUGUUAUGUUUCGAUGUAUAACUUAAAUCGCUGAUACCAGGACAAUCUGUUGAUAGUGAGGAUGGCAUGUUCCUUGUAACUGUAUCAGUCCUUGUGUUUAGCAAAAAGAGAGGUAUUAGUCGGAUUCAAAAUUUGAGGAAUGAAGAUGAACUCUGGUAAAUGGUUACAUGAUAUGAACUGAAUAUGUUAUGUUGC